ACUAAAACCAUAUACAUAAUCUGAUAAUCAUAUGAAUAUAUAUCGAUGACCAGCAGCCCGCGUGUUUUAAACCGUACCAAGCCGAAAAACAUUAACCAAGAACAGGAAAAACAAACAAACCUCAAGUUAAUCACACCAAUGUCUAAACCACUAUGCCUAUAUACACAUAAUAAACUGCUCCUAAAAUCUAAAAUCCUCAUCACCUAGUAGCCAGGCAGCAUACCGAAACCAAGUUCGCCAUUUAACACGUCAUCAAACUCAGAACCAUACUUGCGUGCCAUCUCAUGUAGUGUCUUGUUUCGGGCAUAUGUGUUAGGAAAUAAGUCCAUCUUUUGAGGAGAAAAGUCUGGAUCAGCUUUACAUCAUUUCCAUUCUCAACAAAAAGAUCAUUUCCUUCUAUUCUCAAUUAAAUAGCCGUUGCAAAUCAAUCAAAGAAAUAUGCCAGCUUUUUAUUCUCUUUGUUUCCUUUUUCUAUUUCUCUGUAAGGCUAUAUAUGCCUUGGUAUUGUUCAUUGUAAACAUACACAAAAAAGGGUGAUAAUAAAAAAACAAACUUUCUGUGGUUCUAUUUGUUCAUAUGGUAUCAGAGCGGUGCACACGAUCUUAGGAUCAUCCGCUCAAAAACACCAGCCCAUCAUCUAUCAAAAGUUCCUACCCACAAUUCGUCAAAGUACCUAUGGGAGAUGUCGACACCAGCAACAACAAUGAUCUUGCUGUGCAGAUCACUAACCUUCUCAAAAACAGUCUCAACAACCAAAAUCAAACCUCAAAACAGAACCUAUCUGAUGGUUUGAAAAUCAAUCUCAAGCUAAAUAGUCAAAAUUAUGCUCUAUGGGCUCGAAUGAUUCGAGUAGCCAUAGGAGGGAAAUCGAAAGCUCUCUUGAGUCAUUUAACAGGAAAGCCGGCUCCACCAAAGCCAAACGACGAAUCCUUCGAUCAAUGGGAACAAGACGAUUUGGUGGUUAUCUCAUGGCUGAUACAAAAUAUCGAACCCGCUUUGGCAAGCAACCUAACUGAGUUCCCCACUGCAAAAACACUAUGGGAUGCCUUAGUUGUUACUUACAGUAGCGGGAAGGAUAAGCUGCAAACGUUCGAUUUACACGUCAAGGCGAAUGGUAUAAAGCAAAAUGGUUCGCCAUUAGAGGACUUCUGGAUUAUUAUGCAAGGGGUUUGGGGGGAAAUAGAAAGGAGAGACCCUAACCCCAUGACAUGUCCAGAAGAUAUAACAACUUACAACAAGAUUCGGUCAGAACAAAAACUCUUCCAAUUCCUAAACGCGCUCGACAGACAAUAUGACACCGUGAAACGAGAAAUCCUCCGUUGGGACCCGUUACCUUCAGCCGAAGGUGCCUAUGCUGCUGUUCGAAAAGAGAUGGCACAUCAAGGAAUCUUGGGAAUAACCAUUGAUACCUCAUAUAACCCGAACGGAGUGGCGGCAGGUCUGAAUGCCAACGGGUCACGCGAAUCAGAGGGCCUAGGGUUUCUGUCAAGAGGGCGCGUCGAUCAGAAGAGCUCCAAUACGGGAUCAUCAUUCCGAAUCGAUAAGAGCAAGUUGAAGUGUGGCCAUUGUGGCAUGUCAAAACAUACCAAGGAUCAAUGCUUUCAGCUAGUCGGUUACCCGGAAUGGUGGAAUGAUAACCACAAAACACAGAAAGGGGGAAAAAUCAGUACCGCUGCCGGAAGAUCAUCAGCCGCCAUAGGCAACCAGAAGGCUACCAGUAGUGGUGGCAAGGGACAGGAGGAUACUGAUGGUGGAGGAGCCAGCGGAUUCGGAGGAAUGGCAGCUGGAAACUAUAUAGGACAGGAGGAGGACACCAAUGGAGGAUAUCAUGACGGGGGUGAUCAUUGGGCGUGGCACUGAGCGACGUAGGCUAUAUUAUGUAGACGAAGUGACUCAUCAUGGCACUGCUAUGUUGGCUCAUGGAACUACAAAUAGAGAAGCGUGGUUAUGGCAUAGGAGAUUGGGACACCCUUCUCUUAGUUAUUUACAUAUUUUAUUUCCAAAAUUAUUUCCUCUAAAUAAACCAUUAAAAUGUGAGACUUGUAUUUUGGCUAAAAGCCACAGACAUAGCUACAAGUUGAACAAUACCAAAGUUGGUUUACCUUUUUCUCUCGUUCACUCAUAUGUUUGGGGGCCAGCGGAGGUUGUGGGUGGACAAAAGUUUCGUUUUUUUGUUCUUUUCAUUGAUGAUUGCACACAUAUGACGUGGAUUUAUUUUUUAAAACAUAAAUCUGAAGUUUUUGACAAAUUUACUAUGUUCUAUAAACUGAUACAAACUCAAUAUAAAACCAUCAUUCAAAUCUUACGAUCUGAUAAUGGGGGAGAAUUUAUAAAUAAAUCCAUGGAACAGUUUUGUCAAGAAAAAGGAAUAAUUCACCAAACGACGUGCUCUCACACACCAGAACAGAAUGGCGUCGUUGAACGGAAAAACCGUAUUCUCUUGGAAAUAACCCGUGCCAUGUUAAUUGAAGCAAAGGUCCCUAAAUUUUUUUGGCCCGAAGCUCUUGCUACUGCUACAUAUCUCAUUAACCGAUUGCCAACUAAAGCUCUUAAUCUAAAAACCCCCCUCCAAAGUUUAUCAGAAUUUACAAAAAUCCCUCCUCCUCUCACACUAAAACCACGCAUAUUUGGCUGCUCUGUCUUUGUUCACAUUCCUAAAAUUAACCGGCACAAAUUAGGUCCAUGUGCAGAAAAAUGCGUCUUUGUGGGCUAUGGUAUCAAUAAGAAAGGAUACCGAUGUUAUAACCCACAAAAACGACAUAUGUACACCACCAUGGAUUGUCAUUUUUUAGAAACUGAUUUUUUCUAUCCCACCCAACAUAGUGGACAGGGGGAGAAGGAGUAUAAUGACACACUAAGUUGGUUGAGUUAUAACCCUAUCUCUGAAGAAAUUAGCCACGAUACCCAAGACAUUGAGCCCACGAUCAGUGCCACUAGCCAAGACACUCCAGGUCCUAUACCUGAGGUAAAUGAAUCCGAGACUCACAAUGAUAUACAAAACAACAAUAUUUCUAACAAUCAUGAGACAGGAGCAACUGAACAAACGGUACAUGAAGCAUUUGAGGAGGAUAUAGAAAAUGAAGAACAUGACGAGGAUAUAGAGGAUAAUCAAGACGAAACAAUCGAGGGAUAUGUUCUUCCUCCAAGGUCAAACCUGGGGGUUCCUCCCAAGCGAUACUCGCCAGAAAGAUACUCUAGAUCUUCUAGGUAUCCUCUGGCAAAUAUCGCCGAAGGGAACCUAUCCCAAGAAGCUAAGGCGUUUGCUUCAUCCCUCUAUAACGAUCAAAUUCCCAACUCUAUAAACCAGGCCUUAGAGUCAGAAAACUGGAAGAAAGCCAUGGAGAUAGAGAUGGAAGCCUUAAUGAGAAAUGAUACGUGGGAAAAAUGUGUUGUCCCUCCAGGUAAAAAAACAGUGGGAUGUCGAUGGGUCUUCACAAUCAAACGCAAACCAGAGAACAAUUGAGAGAUAUAAGGCUCGUCUAGUAGCCAAAGGGUACACACAAACGUAUGGGAUUGACUAAUCAGAGACAUUCUCACCAGUUGCUAAAAUUGACACAAUUCGUGUUCUCUUCUCGAUCGCCGCCAAUAAAGGAUGGCCUUUACAUCAACUCGAUGUUAAGAACGCUUUCCUUCAUGGAGAACUGAAAGAAGAAGUAUAUAUGGAAGCCCCAACUGGUUUCUCCAAAGACUUCAAACCAGAAGAAGCAUGUCGUCUGAAGAAGUCCAUUUACGGGCUUAAACAAUCCCCUCGUGCAUGGUUUGGGAGAUUCACCCUAGCAAUGAAAAACUACGGAUUUCAACAAAGCAACUCUGAGCAUACGUUAUUCCUUAAGCGUAAAGGUAAUCUGGUAACAUGUUUAAUUAUAUAUGUUGAUGACAUGAUCAUUACAGGAAAUGAUGAAGAAGAAAUGAAAAAGUUAAAAACGAAUUUAUUCAUGGAGUUCGAAAUGAAGGACUUAGGAAGACUUAAGUACUUUCUUGGUAUUGAAGUAUUGAGAUCUAAACAGGGUAUUUUUAUAUGUCAAAAAAAAUAUAUUCUUGAUCUUCUCGCUGAGACAGGAAUGAUCGACUGCAAACCUGCUAGCACACCAAUGAUAGCAAACCAGAAACUCUUUAUGGAAAAAGACGGGAAACUUACAGACAAAGAAAGGUACCAACGCAUAGUGGGAAAAUUAAUAUACCUUUCGCAUACUCGCCCGGAUAUCGCCUAUGCCGUUGGGGUAGUCAGCCAGUUCAUGCAUCAGCCUCAAGUAGCUCACAUGGAAGCAAUAUGGAGAAUCAUCAGAUACCUCAAGGGUACACCGGGUCAUGGGGUUCUCUUCCAACCAAAUGAAUAUCUAAAGAUCCAGGCCUACACAGACGCAGAUUGGGCAGGAGAUAAAGGAGACAGAAGGUCAACAUCUGGGUACUUCACUCUCGUUGGAGGGAACCUAGUAACAUGGAGGAGUAAGAAACAAAAAGUUGUAGCUUUAUCUAGUGCCGAAGCUGAGUUUCGAGGGAUUGCCCGAGGCCUUGCAGAAGUUCUAUGGAUACGCAAGUUACUUAACGAGAUCGGUUUCCAUCAAAAUGAAGCUAGCAGGAUCAUGUGUGAUAAUAAAGCUGCUAUACAAAUCUCAGAAAACCCAGUUCAACACGAUCGUACAAAGCAUGUGGAAGUUGAUCGACACUUCAUCAAAGAGAAAAUUGAAACAGGGAUUAUCGAGCUACCAUUCGUCCGAUCACAAAACCAACUAGCAGACAUAUUAACAAAAGCGGUCAACGAAAAUAUUUUUAAUCACUGCCUAAACAAGUUGAGCAUCCGAAACCCUACGACUCAACUUGAGGGGGAGUGUUAGGAAAUAAGUCCAUCUUUUGAGGAGAAAAGUCUGGAUCAGCUUUAUAUCAUUUCCAUUCUCAACAAAAAGAUCAUUUCCUUCUAUUCUCAAUUAAAUAGCCGUUGCAAAUCAAUCAAAGAAAUAUGCCAGCUUUUUGUUCUCUUUGUUUCCUUUUUCUAUUUCUCUGUAAGGCUAUAUAUGCAUUGGUAUUGUUCAUUGUAAACAUACACAAAAAAGGGUGAUAAUAAAAAAACAAACUUUCUAUGGUUCUAUUUGUUCAUAAUAUGCAGUCUCAAACUCUACCUGAGCCCUCUCAUUCCUCAAAGUUGCUUCAACCAACUCCAGCCUUAACGGGUCAUUCCCAAAUUUUAGAUUUCUCACCAUGUGUACCUUGUUACGGGCCCACGAAAGAUCAAACCCAAUCCUCCCAAAAAAAUUUAUAUCCGUCUCAAGAUUAGUGAGCUCAUCCUCUUCCAAUUUGUUGACAGAUUUUUGUAUAAAACAUUUAAUGAAAUUGUGAAGUUCUUUCAAAGUUGACUGCCAAUAACUCUUUGGAAUGGUUUCUAGCCCUUGAAACGUUUGCGGAUAGUGGUCCUCCACCGCCUGUAACAUCUCUUUUUCUAGUUGUCCAACAUCGUUCCCUCGCCACAAUCCCUCCGGAUCUUCUAUUGGGACAGGCGUAUGAUCGAGUGAUGGUGCUAAAGCAUCUUGGGGAUCGUCAGAUUUCCAUAUCCAGCCAUUCAUACGAUCGUCUGCAGCAACUAUAUUUGAC